AUGGCUAUGGUGGUGGGAGUUGCGAUGGGAAAUAUUGCGCUUGGGGCCGAAACGGUCGGGCAGAUCAACGAGGCCUACAAAACAAAACCAAUGCUGAAAAAGCCAUUAGACGAGUGUAGUAUGAGAUACAAAACGAUCGUAGACGUUGACGUCCACACUGCCAUUAUAUCUAUCAAAGGAAACCCUAAGUUCGCUGAAGGGGCUGUUGUUGACGCCGGCGUGGAAGCUUCCAUAUGCGAAGGAGGGUUUACCAAAGGCCAAUCUCCGUUGACCAGUUUGACUCAGAGAAUGGAAAAGAUUUGCGAUGUGACCAGAGCCAUCAUCCGAAUGUUGCUCUAA